AAAAAAAAAGUUUUAUUAAUUGUUUAGCCAAAGAUACAAAUUUACUUGUCUGGUCUUGAUUCUAUGAGCCUUUGUACUGGCUGUAAUUCGUAAUUGACAAGACAUUAAUAUGUCUAUUUGCAUUGUUUCAUCAUCAAUAAUACUAUUAAAUGCAUGAUACUGUGUAGAUAUGUCUUCUGUGUUGAUAAACUUAUAUAAUUCAUUUAUCAAUUCUUUUUUUAUUUUUUUUUCAAAAGUGCUAACUUUUUUUUUUCGUGUGCAUUUUCAAUGCAGCUUUGCUUUUACCAUUCUUGACAGUGCACUAUUUUCUUCAAUAAGCUGAUCAGCAUGUUUUACAUUCAAAAAUUUAAAACCUUCCAGUGAUAUCUCAUUAUCAUCAUCAUCAUCUUUUUUUUUCAUUGAUUUAAUGAGCUCUUCAACAGCCUUUCAGUUCGUCAAAAUUACGUGCAUCAAAAAUUUUUCUGUUGAGUUUUGGUCUUCUAGUACCACAAAUAAAAGAUCUGAAAAAGUGUACGUAUUACAAAGAGAUAAGUCAGUCCGUGAAACUUGUCAAGUGCUCGCAAUUGCAGAUUCUCGUGAUGAAAUUGAAGAAAUAAGCCGAUCUAAGCGUUGGUCUGUUCCAAAAUUAAGCACAUCUGUAAUCGACAAUGAGUCAGAUGACCUGUCACCUAGAAACUCAUCAGACAGUGAGGAAGAAAAAAAAUCAAGAAAACGACUUAAAAGCUCUAAGGCAGUUGGAUUGAAACAAGCACAGCAAGGAAUUUGUGAAAAAUACAGAAAAAUAAAUAAAUUAGAUGAAUAUACUGAUUGUGAUGAAAGUCAAAGUCCAAUAAACAAAGAAAAAACGUCAGAUAAUUUUUAUUUUUCAACAUCUUUUGAUUACACAAAAGAUCCGUUAAGCAAUAGUAUUUUAUCAGAUAUUGAAAAUAUAAAUCAAAAUCAUAAAACAUGUAAGAAACAAUUACAAUUCGGAUCGAAAAAUCAGACUGAAUUUGAUGCUUGGGCUACAAGAGAAGUGAGUUCGCCAUCAGCAACAGAAACAAAACUUGAAUUGGCUGCAGCACGAUCUCAAGUCAAGUUCUGGAAAAAUAAAUACGAUAACCUUCUGGAAUCGAAAGCUUUUCCUCUUUCGGAAGAAACUGGCCAAAUAAUUAUCAAGUUAAUAAAGAAAUCAAGUAUUCCUGAAACUAAUAAUUCAACAGAUGUGUCAUUAAAUGAAGAAACUAUUAAAAAGCAAUGCAGUGAAGUAUUAGUUUCAGAAAAUCACAUGGCUCGUACUCGAAAAGACAAGCCACUUAUUGAAGAAGACGAAGCAGCUAUUUUAACUUCGUUAUUAAAAAACCAAUUUAAAGACGCUGGUGAAUGCGUCAAAACAAUUAUCAAGUCUUUAUGGACAGAUGAUGAGCUAGCUGAGCGAGUUGUUCGUAAAAACGCUAAAAUAAACAAAAAAGCUUUGACAUUUCCAGACAUUUUAGUGGCUGUCCAGAAUCCAGAUUCUGUAUCAUUUUUUUCCAGAUAUUUUAGAUUUUUUACAUUUUUCAUUUUAUUCAUUUAUAUUUUAAUCUUUCGCUAAACUUUUACAGAUACCGAUAAAAGAUAACAACUAAAAAUUACCUACAAAUUAAUUUAGACCAAUCAUUAUUAUGGUUUCCACACUGCAAAAACUGCGCCUUUGGAUUAUAGGCACUGUUCCAUUGGAUUCAUGGAGCACAUUUUAUUGAGCGCUGCUCAAUGAUAUUCAAGGAGCACCGAUAUCGGUCCAGUUGCUCUGUUAAUUCAGAGGUACUGUUCAACUGUAUUCGUUGAGCAGCCUGAGCCGUCACUCGAAUUAAGAAAGAGACACGCAUACACAUAACAUAACCUCUCUAUAUCAGUAACUAUUAAACAAUUAACAUAUAUAUGAAUGCAUAUAUGUUAAAUAUUCGAUAAAUUUAAUAACUAAAGAUAUAUAGAAUAUUUAUAAUAAUUUAUAAAUGAAUAUUUAUGAUGUAAAUAUCAUGACAUGACAGAUAUAAAAGUACAAAUAGAGAGAGAGAAAAAAUAUAAUGUAGUUGUGUUUGCGCAUGCCUCCGAAACGCCGAAAUCUGCUCAACAAAUAUAUAGGUACAGGACCAAGAAAUCAAAGGACAUCAAAGGAACAACUUUAGCGGAGCGGUGCUCCAUGAAUCCAAUGGAACAGUGCCUAUAAUCCAAAGGCGCAGUUUUUGCAGUGCAUGUUUGUGGCGGGAUAUUAAAUGAGCAGAAAUUUUUUGUC